CCUCCUCAUCCCAGCGCCCUACCACCCCGGAUGUGCGGGAGGGAAAAAUCCCAAGGAAGUCCCAGGUAGCAGCGAGGCAGACGCCCCCGCCCAACCUGGCGACCAUGGUGACUCGACGUCUUCCCAGGCUUCUGGGCACAGUGUAAACCCUGCGUGGGAGGACCCGUUUGGAGCCCCCUUGCCACAUUACACCCAGCUUUUCUAGAUGAACCUGUCAGUCCUGGGAAAGUGACUGACUGCCCUUGGCUUUCAUUUUCUUCUUUCCACCUCGCUUGAGCAUCCUGCUCCUCCUCUGAACCACCUUGAGCCUCCUCAGCCCAGGCAGGAGAGAGAAGGAGAUCAGACUUGGACAGGAUGGCUUGCCGAAGACGCUAUUUGAGCUCCCUGGAGACCGGAAGCAGCCUCUCCACUGACCAGUACAGUGUUGAGGGUGAGGCCCCCAGCAGUGAGACUGGCACAUCGCUGGACAGCCCCUCAGCCUACCACCAGGGUCCCCUGGUACCUGGUUCCAGCCUGAGCCCAGACCACUACGAGCACACAUCAGUGGGUGCCUAUGGGCUAUACGCAGGGCCAGGACCACAACAGCGCGCACGAAGGCCCCGGCUACAGCACUCAACCUCUGUCCUGCGCAAGCAGGCUGAGGAGGAGGCCAUCAAGCGUUCUCGGUCACUCUCUGAGAGCUAUGAGCUCUCUUCAGAUCUGCAAGACAAGCAGGUGGAAAUGCUAGAACGCAAGUAUGGGGGACGCCUUGUGACCCGCCAUGCAGCCCGCACCAUCCAGACGGCGUUCCGCCAGUACCAAAUGAACAAGAACUUUGAGCGCCUGCGCAGCUCCAUGUCGGAGAACCGCAUGUCACGCCGCAUCGUGCUGUCCAACAUGAGGAUGCAGUUUUCCUUCGAGGGCCCCGAGAAGGUGCAUAGCUCCUACUUUGAGGGCAAGCAAGUCUCUGUGACCAAUGAUGGCUCCCAGCUGGGGGCCCUAGUGCCAUCAGAAUGUGAAGACCUUAACGACCCAGCCCUCAAGUCUCCAGCACCCUCCAGUGACUUUGCAGACGCCAUCACGGAACUGGAGGAUGCGUUCUCCCGGCAGGUAAAGUCCCUGGCUGAGUCUAUCGAUGAUGCCCUCAACUGCCGCAGCCUACACAGUGAGGAGUUACCGGCCCCGGACACUGUGCGGGCCCGGGACACUGAGCCCAAGCCAGGCCUGCAUGGCAUGGACCACCACAAAUUGGAUGAGAUGACAGCCUCAUAUAGUGAUGUUACCCUCUACAUUGAUGAGGAGGAGCUGUCACCACCUCUACCGCUCUCACAGGCUGGGGAUCGCCCUUCCAGCACAGAGUCAGACCUGCGGCUAAGGGCUGGGGGUACAGCCCAGGACUACUGGGCCUUGGCCCACAAGGAGGACAAGGCUGAUACAGACACGAGCUGCCGAAGCACACCAUCUCUGGAGCGGCCAGAACCACGGCUGCGGGUAGAGCACCUUCCCCUGCUCACCAUUGAGCCACCCAGUGACAGCUCUGUGGAGCUCAGUGACCGCUCCGAUAGAAGCUCACUCAAGAGGCAGAGUGCCUAUGAGCGCAGCCUUGGUGGACAGCAAAGCAGCCCCAAGCAUGGCCCCCACGGUGGCCCCCCCAAAGGCCUCCCCCGGGAGGAGCCUGAGUUGCGGCCUCGGCCCCCUAGACCUCUUGAGAGCCACUUGGCCAUCAAUGGUUCAGCCAACCGGCAGAGCAAGUCUGAGUCUGACUACUCAGAUGGGGACAAUGAUAGCAUCAACAGCACAUCCAACUCCAACGACACCAUAAACUGCAGCUCUGAGUCCUCGUCGAGGGACAGCCUGCGGGAACAGACACUCAGCAAGCAGACAUACCACAAGGAGACCCGCAACAGCUGGGACUCACCAGCCUUCAGCAAUGAUGUCAUCCGUAAGAGGCAUUACCGAAUUGGCCUGAAUCUCUUCAACAAGAAGCCUGAGAAGGGCAUCCAGUAUCUCAUUGAGCGUGGCUUCGUGCCUGACACGCCAGUGGGGGUGGCCCACUUCCUACUGCAGCGCAAGGGCCUCAGCCGCCAGAUGAUCGGUGAGUUCCUGGGAAACCGGCAGAAGCAGUUCAACCGUGAUGUACUCGACUGUGUUGUGGACGAGAUGGACUUCUCUGCCAUGGAGCUAGAUGAAGCCCUCCGGAAGUUCCAGGCACACAUCCGAGUCCAGGGGGAGGCUCAGAAAGUGGAGCGGCUCAUCGAGGCAUUCAGCCAGCGGUACUGUGUCUGCAACCCUGGGGUGGUACGGCAGUUCCGGAACCCAGACACCAUCUUCAUCCUGGCCUUUGCAAUCAUCCUGCUCAACACAGACAUGUACAGCCCCAAUGUCAAGCCUGAACGCAAGAUGAAGCUGGAGGACUUUGUCAAGAACCUCCGAGGUGUGGAUGAUGGUGAAGACAUUCCCCGGGAGACGCUGAUUGGGAUCUAUGAGCGGAUCCGUAAACGGGAACUGAAGACCAACGAGGACCAUGUGUCCCAGGUGCAGAAGGUUGAGAAGCUCAUCGUGGGCAAGAAGCCGAUUGGAUCCCUGCAUCAUGGGCUUGGCUGUGUGCUCUCUCUUCCCCAUCGACGGCUGGUCUGCUACUGCCGGCUUUUCGAGGUUCCAGACCCCAAUAAACCCCAGAAGCUGGGACUGCACCAGAGAGAGAUCUUCCUCUUCAAUGACCUCCUGGUGGUCACCAAGAUCUUCCAGAAGAAGAAGAACUCAGUGACAUACAGCUUCCGGCAGUCCUUCUCCCUCUAUGGCAUGCAGGUCCUGCUCUUCGAGAACCAGUACUACCCCAAUGGCAUCCGGCUGACGUCUGCUGUCCCUGGCGCAGAUAUCAAAGUGCUAAUAAACUUCAACGCCCCCAAUCCUCAGGACCGGAAGAAGUUCACUGAUGACCUGCGGGAGUCUGUUGCUGAAGUGCAGGAGAUGGAGAAACACCGGAUAGAGUCGGAGCUUGAGAAACAGAAGGGUGUUGUGCGGCCCAGCAUGUCACAGUGCUCCAGCCUCAAAAAGGAGUCAGGCAACGGAACACUGAGCAGAGCCUGCCUGGAUGACAGCUAUGCCAGCAGCGAGGGCCUCAAGCGCAGUGCCCUCAGCAGCUCCCUGAGGGACCUAUCAGAAGCGGGGAAGCGAGGGCGUCGCAGCAGUGCGGGAUCGCUAGAGAGCAAUGUGGAAGGCUCCAUCAUUAGCAGUCCUCACAUGCGCCGGAGAGCGACCUCAACACGAGAGUGCCCAUCUCGCCCCCCCCAGCCCGUGCCUAACUCCUCCUCUCUCCUGGGUUCUUUGUUUGGGAGCAGGAGAGGGAAGCCCCCUCCCCAGGCCCACCCACCCUCAGCUCCUCCCCCAGGACCCCCUCACGCCCAUCACCCCGGAGCCUCGGAGGGCCCUCUGCAUGGGCACCAUGCACAAUACUGCCAUGCGCAGCAGAACCCACCCCCCUAUCACCACCACCACCACUACCACCCGCCCCCACACCUGCAGCACACCCACCAGUACCACCAUGGCCCACACGGAGGGCACCCCCCAUAUGUGGCCCAUACGCACAGCCACCCGCCUCUGCCCACAGCUCACCCUGGUCACGCCGGGCAUGCAGCGCAUCACCAUGGACAACCCCCUGCCCCACCACCCCCCACCAGCAGCAAGGCCAAGCCGAGCGGCAUCAGCACAGUUGUAUAGACAGUGUAGACAGCCGCCUGUCACACACCAGGCACACAAGGGCCUACCAGGCACCAGCCUCAGGUCAGCCCAAGGCACCACUGUUACCCUCUAACCCCAUAGCCUGGGUGGACCUAUGGGCUCGCCUUCCACAGAGCAGAGUUCCCACUGGGCCCGAGGCUGCCCUCAGCCACCAUUGACCUUGACACAGCGCUGACCAAGGAGAAGUGGGAAUCCUCUCACCCUGUCAGCCCUCAGCCCUUCACUCUACACAACCUGAAAACCCAUGAAAACCCAACUUAGCAAAGAAAACAUGAUACAAAAGGCAGACACAGCAGAACCAAUGCCAGACUGGCUGGGUUAUUGCUCUGUUAUUGGCAGAGGGCAAAAAUAACAAUAAGUAGACUUGAUAUGGGUGAUGAAAAUAAGUAAACUUUAUAUAAUAUAAAUAUAUAAAUAUAUAAAUAUAUAUAUACAUACUGUAUAGGUAGUGUUUGUGUGUGGGAGCUAAGCAUUUCAUCUACAAAGCUAGCACUAGGGACCUCCUAAGGACUACCACAUAAGUGACAGGAAGUCAAUCUAGAUAAAUUUGUGAGUAGACCAAAAACCCUGCUAGAAGAAACCCAGGUCCUUCCAUAUUUUCAUAGGAAGGAAUUCCCGCUAGCCUGGCUGAAACCUUACACGCUCAUAACUCACUGUGCCAAGUAACACAGCACCUGACUGUCUAAUACCCCACUCUACUCUGUAUAGACCCCUAUUUUAUUAACAGAGUACUAUUCUAAGUAAUCAGUAUUAUAACUGCUGUUAUCUCCAGUAAGCAACUAGGCAACACACAGUCAUCUCUACCCUAGUACUUGGGGCGACCAGUCUAGAGCUGACUGUCUCAGGACCUCAGCCCCACAGAUCCCUAGACACUUUAUACUGGCUGCCAUAACUUUGAAUUCCCAUGCUCUACAUUCCUUCCCUCUGUACAUGGUGAGCCAAACUCACCCUCCCGGGGCCCACAUGGUAGAGGGACCCAUCCCUAACACUCAUCUUCGUCUACCCAAUGCCAUAACUCCCUCAUCCAGUUCCCAGCCCCAGCAGGCGGGUGGCGUGAGCGCUGGGCGGCCCAGGGCGGUGUGUGUGUCCCGUGUUGUGUUCUGAGUGGCAACAGCGAUCACUGUAAUUCCAUGCAGCCAUGUGCUCGUGACCCUGUGUCAUCACUGUGCCUAGCCAAUGAGUGCUUGGCCCUGGCCAGGCGAAGCCCACACUGCCUCUCGUGGUCCAGUGAGCUGCCAGGCCCCACAUGCCCCAGCUGUGUUCUUGUUGCUUCCAUGUGUGACACCAUGCACUCCCCGGGGGCCACAUGCUGCCCGCAUUCCUGUGCCUGAGUCACCCACGGGCUAUACUUUACAGUUUCAGCCCUUCCAGCCACCACAGCCUCCAGUGCUGUGCUCCUAAGCCUAGGACCUGAGGACCGCCUGUGGCCUCUGCCUGCGCAGAGUCCCUUUCAGAAAGGAAGGAGCUGCCGCCUGACCGUGGGCUGCGUCUAGGACCU